CGCAAAUAAUAAUUCUUUCCUAACUUCAUACCGUUGUAAAAGAUGGUGUUGUUGAGCAAUGAAGAGUUUAUGUCGCAGUUGAUGCUCCUGGCACAGAAAUCAAAGGAUAGAUCCUCAUUUACGGUUACUUUCAAGCGCUAUGAUGGCAACGACAGACCACAGCCUCGCGAAGGACGACCGCGACUGCCAGAGCCCGAGGAGUAUAUGUGCUUGAUUAGAGCUAAAUCAAAAACCCAUAAGCUCUCAACAGUGGUAAAGAGGAGUGAUGUACCGAGGGUAAUGGAGAAUUAUGCCAGGAUAAUGAAAGUUUGCAUGGAUGGGCUGAAACGAGUGAAAAAGAUGAAAAGCAAAGCAAAGGCAGCCCAAGGAUGACUGAACUGACUUUAUUUUGUAAAUUUUAUAUCUGCCAGCCAGAGAUAUUGCAAUUAAUGGGAGGGGGGCUAUUUAAGUACUGUUUAAUGAAAUAAAAUUGUGCAGUAUCA